AACGACAAAAGAAAAAACCAGUUCGAUCGGUCUGACCAAUAUACCCCCCUUCGUACUUCCACACUUCAAACUCAUUUUGUCUGGUCGCAACUCGCUAUUAUACCAAAAAUCGAUUUCCCGAUUUAGAAACAUCACAGAAACAAUAAUACCACAUAUCAAAAAGAAAUGGCGGAGGAAUCAAUCACCACCACCCUCCCCACGCCGGAACUAACAACUCCGGAAGAAUCAAAGCCUACUCUUGAAUUCUCGGCGAGAGAGACUGAAACGGCGGUAACCACCUCCACGCCGGAAACGGAAACCACGGCGGAGAAGCCUGAGGUUGCGGCGCCGAAAGUUACUGAAACGGCGGUAACGGAAACCGCCGCGGCUCAGCUUGAGGUAACGCCGGAAGAGCAUCAGCAGCCGAAGGUGACGGAAACGGAAACGGCGUCGACGGAGACUUCGCAGAAGGAAGAAGCUGCUGAAGAUGAGACGACAAGAAUCCCGCAGAAUCUCGGCUCGUUCAAGGAAGAGAGCAGCCUCCUCUCCGAUCUAUCAGAUUCAGAGAAGAAAUCUCUAAACGAGCUGAAGCAUCUCGUGCGCGAGGCUCUCGACAACCACCAGUUCGGUUCAGUCCCCAAACCGGAAGAAGACGCCGCCAACGCACCGGAAGAAGUCACGAUCUGGGGAGUCCCGCUCCUCGAAGACGACAGAAGCGACGUCGUUCUGCUGAAGUUCCUACGAGCAAGGGACUUCAAGGUGAAAGAUUCGUUGACCAUGCUCAAGAACACGAUCAAGUGGAGAAGGGACUUCAAGAUCGACGAGCUGGUCGAUGAAGACUUAGUGGAUGAUCUGGACAAGGUGGUGUUCAUGCACGGACACGACCGUGAAGGCCACCCGGUGUGUUACAAUGUCUACGGCGAGUUCCAGAACAAGGAGCUUUACAGCAAGACGUUCUCCGAUGAGGAGAAGAGGAAGCAUUUCUUGAGGACGAGGAUUCAGUUCUUGGAGAGGAGUAUAAGGAAGAUGGAUUUCAGCUCCGGUGGUGUUUCCACCAUUUUUCAGAUUAACGACAUGAAGAACUCUCCGGGGCUGGGGAAGAAAGAGCUUAGAUCGGCGACCAAGCAAGCAGUGCAGUUGCUUCAGGACAACUACCCUGAGUUUGUGUUCAAACAGGCCUUCAUUAAUGUUCCAUGGUGGUACCUUGUGUUUUACACUGUGAUUGGUCCGUUUAUGACACCAAGGUCAAAGAGCAAGUUGGUGUUUGCUGGUCCUUCAAGAUCAGCCGAAACCCUUUUCAAAUACAUAUCACCUGAACAAGUCCCUGUACAAUACGGAGGAUUAAGUGUAGAUCCUUGCGACUGCAAUCCAGACUUCUCAUUGGAUGAUCCAGCCUCUGAGGUCACUGUUAAGCCCGGAACAAAGCAGACUGUUGAGAUCAUAAUCUAUGAGAAAUGUGAGAUUGUGUGGGAGAUAAGGGUUAUUGGAUGGGAAGUGAGCUACAAGGCAGAGUUUGUGCCAGAAGAGAAAGAUGCUUAUACAGUGGUUGUUCAGAAACCGAGGAAGAUGAAACCGGCAGAUGAACCGGUGUUAACUCAAAGCUUCAAAGUGAAUGAGCUUGGCAAGGUUUUGCUCACAGUGGACAACCCAACCUCUAAGAAGAAGAAGCUUGUUUACAGGUUUAAUGUCAAACCUCUCUGAUAUUUCCAAAAAAAAUGAAACUCUUUUAAACUUAAAAAAAAAAAAAUACAAACAGUGUGGUUUCUGGUAUGCUUAUGUCUUUGUAUAUGCGAGUCUACUUUUUCAUAUAAUUUAUCAUUUUGUGUGGUUUAUACGAUGGAGCUUUCUGCAUCUUUUGCUCUUGUAAUCAUUUGGAGAGAAUAUGUUUUACAUGACUUUCUGUAAUAAAAAUUCUUUAAUAAAUCUCUCUACCCUUAA